UGGCAGAUUCGGAGAAGCCAGACAUAAGGGACCAUAUUGGAGGGUGUUUUUCUCCACAGAUGCACACCAAAGAGGACACAAAGUCUUCAGCUGCAAAUGACCUGGAAUGUUGCUUCACCAAGCAAAGGCAUUAAUCUGAUCUCUACAAUCUGCAGGAGAAGAGGCAACAUAUUUGAUUCCUUGACAAGACCACAAUCUGAUCCCAAAGAUGUGCUCCACAAACCCAGGCAACUGGGUCACCUUUGAGGAUGAUCCCGCUUUCCAGUCUUCUCAAAAGUCAAAGAAUUUGCCUCUGGAGAAUCAAGGUGUUUGUAGACCAAAUGGACUUAAGCUGAACCUUGCUGGCCUCAAGGAAUUUCCCAGUGGAUCUUCCUCUACCAGCAGCACUCCUCUCUCCUCUCCCAUUGUAGACUUUUACUUCAGUCCAGGACCUCCAAGUAACUCCCCUCUUUCUACACCUACCAAAGACUUCCCAGGUAUUCCUGGCAUCCCCAAAGCAGGGACUCAUGUGCUUUAUCCUAUUCCAGAAUCAUCUCCAAACAGCCCACUCACAACACCAGGAGUAGGUUCCUCUUUACCGCCUACUAAACCUACCUGUUUAUCCCAUGCUUUCUUACCCAGUGACCACUCAUGUACUGGUCUUCCAGAUGAUAUCAGCCCUCACCAGGCUGAAAGUCUAGGGUUCCAAGGUGAUGAUGCUCCCCAGUUUCAGUAUUUUCGGGAGGACUGGGCGUUUUCAAGUCCAUUUUGGAAAGAUGAAGGCAGUGCUUCCCAGUACACCUUUGACCCCCCAGGAAGCAGAAAGAUAUUCCCAUCAAGAGACAAGGAGAUACCAGUUGAUCAAAAAAGUCUAAAUAAAUGUUCACUCAACUAUAUCUGUGAGAAGCUUGAACAUCUACAGUCAGCUGAGAACCAAGACCCACUUGGAAACCUGUCUAUGCAAUGUCUGCAUGCUGAAGACACUGUCUCUUCCUUUGUCCCCCAAGCGCUCUUCAGGAGUCAGCCAAAAGCUGGAUGGUCUUUCAUGCUGAGAAUUCCUGAGAAGAAGAACAUGAUGUCUUCCCGGCAAUGGGGACCCAUUUUUCUGAAAGUUUUACCUGGAGGAAUUUUGCAAAUGUAUUAUGAGCAGGGAUUAGAGAAACCAUUUAAAGAGUUACAGCUUGAUCCACAUUGCAGGCUUUCUGAACCCAAAGUUGAGAACUUUAGUGUGGCAGGAAAAAUCCAUACUGUGAAGAUUGAACACGUGUCUUACACAGAAAAAAGGAAAUACCAUUCUAAGACAGAAGUAGUUCAUGAGCCAGACAUAGAACAGAUGCUGAAGUUAGGGUCCACAGAGUACCACGACUUCCUCGACUUUCUGACUACUGUGGAGGAGGAGCUGGUGAAGCUGCCAGCUGUUUCAAAACCAAAAAAGAACUACGAGGAGCAAGAAAUUUCCUUGGAAAUUGUGGAUAACUUUUGGGGUAAAGUCACAAAAGAAGAAGGAAAAUUGGUUGAAAGUGCUGUGAUGACUCAAAUCUGGUGCCUCUGCUUCCUGAAUGGGAACAUGGAAUGCUUUUUAACCUUGAAUGACCUUGAGCUGCAGAAGCGAGAUGCAGGCUAUUUUGAAAAAGACCCAGAAAAGAAGGGGAUUGAUAUUCUCGACUACCAUUUUCACAAGUGUGUGAAAGUACAAGAAUUUGAACAAUCAAGAAUCAUCAAGUUUGUACCUCUGGAUGCCUGCCAGUUUGAGCUGAUGCGUUUUAAGACUUUGUAUCAUGGGGAUGACCUUCCCUUUUCGGUGAAGUCUGUGGUGGUUGUCCAGGGGGCAUAUGUGGAACUUCAGGCCUUCGUCAACAUGGCCCCAUUGGCUCAGAAGCCAUCCCCCACUGGUUCCUUGAGGUCCUGUGACAAUAUAAUGAUACAUUUUCCCGUCCCGUCACAGUGGAUCAAGGCCCUCUGGACCAUGAACCUCCAGAGGCAGAAGUCCCUGAAAGCCAAAAUGAACCGCCGGGCAUGUCUGGGGAGUUUCCAUGAGCCUGAAUCUGAACCUGUCAUUCAGGUCACUGUGGGGUCAGCAAAAUAUGAGAGUGCCUACCGGGCAGUGGUAUGGAAGAUAGACCGGCUUCCAGAUAAAAAUUCAAGUCCUGAUCAUCCCCAUUGUCUGUCAUACAAACUAGAACUUGGAUCAGACCAAGAGAUUCCCUCUGACUGGCAUCCGUUUGCUACUGUUCAGUUUUCAAUGCUUGACACCUGUGCCUCAAGGACCGAGGUCGGGUCUCUGGGGGUGGAGAGUGACGUCCAGCCACAGAAGCAUGUUCAGCAGCGAGCUUGCUACAACAUCCAGGUUGAAAUAGAAAAGAAGUGGAUUAAAAUCGAUGGAGAAGAUCCAGAUAAAGUUGGUGACUGUGUAACUCAGUAGGAGUAGCAAGAGUAAAUGAUGACCACCCCCUUGUCAAAUAUGUAAUUCACAAAAACCACACCAAGGUCUGCUACCGUAUAGUGGAAAUGACUUCUGUAUAGUGGGCUUAGGACAGGUCCACUGACUGUGUUAAAGAAGUGUAGACCUAAAACCAAACAAUUUGUAUUUUAUGCUUUUGAUAUGUUUUUGCCCUAGAGAUUUGAUCUAAAAUGUGUCUAUAAUUUGUGUGAUGUUUUGCUUUCUAUUGAAACUCAAACUCAAAGGCACUAUUAUGUGUCACAUGACCUGGCAGCCCUGUUUGGCCAAAGGGCUUUUGAUUUUUGAUUACUCAGCGGGUGAUUCUUUCGCACCCUGGAUUACGUAGGUGCCCUGUUUAUUAUUCCUAUCUCUUCUUGCCGUGUUAGUACCUGUAGCAGAGGGUAAGGCAAUCAAAGGAGACAUUACCCAAAAUACUUCAUUUUCCCUCUUACUUGCUUCUGAAAUGUGGUGUAGAAUGAUGUUGAAACCACAAACUAAAAUGGAGAUCUGGAAGUAUCUGCAGUUUUGAAUUAUUUAUCUUCCUGUCCUCUUACCACAUUUUUAAGCAAUCAUUGGCUGUAUUUGGUACCUGUCUUUCCCCCACUGUAUUAUCAUUUUCAAAAUAAGUUUGUAUUCUGGUGUGUGCUGCAAAGAAGCUAUUUCUGUCGAUGUACAUAUUUUAGUACAAGUCACUAAGAUGUAUUUCCUUUUGCUUGGCAAGAUUUUUUUCAAGAUGGCAUCUGAAUAUUGGACACUAGUUAAAAUAUUUAUGUACAUUAAAGAUGAAUUUUUAAAGUCUGUGAAUAUUGUUUUCCAAAAGUACAGACUCUAAAAAUGUGUUUUGAUAAAGUAUUAGUUGUAAUGAACACAAGCCUCUCUUGAGUAGAAGUCUAAAUUGUAUUAUGAUUAUAUUAUGCUAGUUCUGCUAUCAUGCUAUUUUAUGCUAAUUCUGCUUAAUUUAGAAUAUGUUUCUUUAAAAGAUGAGAAAAGUGAAAAAUACUAGAUUAUUUUACCUAGAUUUCUAAGAGGCAACAUUUUUAUUCUUCAAAGUCAAGAAAAUAACUAUAAUAGUUUGGUUCCUAAUGAAAAGUCAAUGGCAUUAGCAAUUAUAACACUACUUUUAAUCUCCUUUUAGUAUUUACAAUGAAAUUCAGAGUCUUAAAAUUUAUGAAGUCUAUAUUCUAGGUAUUUUUUAGUCUGAGAAACAAACUCCUCUGUGUGGUAUUAAUACACCUUCAAUUUAUGUUGAAUCUCAAAUAUAAUUAGGAGAUAUUUUUCUCCAUUUGCCAGAUUUGUUUUGAGUCAAAACUGAUAUAAUGUUCUUCCAAACAACAUUUAUUUGUUGGCCUACAGAGUUUAUUUCAUACGUUUUAUUUAAUGUUGUAUUACAUUCAUUUAAAUCUGUCUAAAAAACAGAUUAAAACAAACAUUUAUGGUGGUCUGUAUCCACCAGCAGAUUUUAUUGCUUUUCAUUAUUUUACUGUAAAGGGCGAAGAAUGCAAAAGUUGCUGGUUAAAAUGAAUUGGUAUUGCUCUUUUUAACUUCACUUGAUGCAUUGCUCAUAAUAUCAUAUGCUUGAGAUUCACUGUUGAUGUAUAGGAGGGCAAAUCUGUGUGUGUAUGUCACUUUUAAAAAAUUCCACCAUCUUUCCUUAUCAUCUGGUGUGGGCACACUCUGGCGUGACUUCAGUCUGCUCAGAACCCACAUGGAGGCGGGCUGAAUCUGAAGCUGCACCACAAUCGCAGUGAAGUUAGCUGGGUUAAUUAAUGACUGCCAUUCCUUUCUGGAUGUGUUUUAAGGCAUCCUGCCCAUAAAGAACUCACAAUCUGAUUUGGAUGAACUUAAUGAAUAUUUACACCUCAAAAUAAAUUCAGCAAAGUGUUCCGUUAAUUGCUUCUCAUGUUUCACAGGAUGACUAGUAUCUGUGGGUGCCUCCCUGCUAGGGUCAUUUACUCAUAAGCCACCCAGCCUUCAGGAGCAUCUCAGGAUUCAGUGUUGAAAAUAUAAUAACAAAAGACUGAGAGCUCAAAUGGAGUUUCUGCAGCAAAGGUUGAUAGCAUUAACAGCAGGGGGCUACCGCAUAAUUGUUAAUUUGCACAUCUAUUAGGACUUUAAAUAUUCAUUACUUAGUGUUAAAUUAACAUUCUGUGUAGAGAGGAGAGCCUUUUUAAUACAAUUCUUCUGACCUCAGAAACGGCAGGAGGUCAGAUGUGACUACAGAGCUCUAAGUGAAAAAUCAGGUAGGAUCCAUUUAGACUUUCAAAUUGAAAAGUAGAAUCUCCUUUGCCAGAAUAGUGAUCUUCAAAAAACUCCUACUUUGGAGGGAAGGGAGGAAGAAAGGGAGUAAAGGAGGGAAUACUCCUUUUCUAGCAUUUUAAUUUAGAUCACUCCUUUAAGAGUUUGACCAUUUUGGAGUCAAAUUAGCAUAUUUCCAAGGAGUUUACCAGUUCAUGACUAGUUAUUCUGCUGUAAUUGUUUUGGUAUGGUCACCUUUUCAGUUACAGGAUCAUAUUAACUGUGUAAAUGAAUUCAUGGGUUGAUCAUUACAUGAUCAGCUGUGCAGAUCUGAAUUUAAGGACAUUUCCUUUUUCUAUGGGAAUUACAACAGUUUAUUCAUUAACAAAGUUAUGAAAAAACAAUGCUUUCUAGCACAUAAAUAAAGGCUAGAAUUUUCAACCUGUUGUAUAUAUUAGACUAUUCUAGGAUUUAGUUCCCUUCAUUCUGGAUCUGUGCUUAUGAUACAGCCCCAUUUAUUAUAAAUUUAGUUGGGAGGUCUUCCUUAACAAUGACUGUUAUAAUGUUUUACUCUAAAUAUGAUUUUAUGUCCUGUCAAUACAAAUAUGAAACAGAUUGAGCCUUAAUAAUCAUGUAACAAAAUAUUUUGUAGAUUACAUAUUGAUUUUUCUAAAAUUAAAGAUGCAUUUCAAAUGAU